AUGGCGGACGAUAAUAGCAAUUCAAGGCAACGUAAGAAAAUUCGCAAACCGCAAUCAAGUGCAAUUCAGAUGAUUGAUACAACAGAAACAAAGAAAACAAGAAAGAAGAGAGCUUUGCAAGAAGACACUGAUGAUGUGACAAAAGAUCCUAAAGCAACUACUAAUUCACGACGUAAGAAGAAUGUGGAAGAGAAAAGGGCUAAACUAGUAGAACGUGAAACUGCAUUUGCUAGCGAUCAUGAUGAUCAAGAGAAAAUAGUUCCUAAAUCAAUAAAAAAGAAGAAAAAACGAACCACGGGUCAACAAAUGGCGGAUAAUUCGUACAUGGAAAGCGGCUCUCGUGCUAGUGUUCAGGCAGACGAUCAUGAAAAUAAAGAUGGUUUAAAAAUGAAUGAUUCUUUUGGUAAUCCAGAUGUUGUUGAUGGAGAUACCACUAAAAAUGAAGAAAGAUCAAGAAAGAAGAAAGGCAAAAAAAGAAAAGAUUACCAGUUGACAUCGGCUGCGGCAGUAUCGCAUUACUCAGAGGCAGAUUUCGAUCACGAUCUUAAUUUAUCACCAGAAGAUGUCAUUACAUCUAAAGACUAUAAUAUAGAGAUUACCGAGCCGCCCAAUUUAGUCCCAUCACUUCCCAGUCAACCUCUUAAUGUUGUUUAUGUUGAGCGAACAGACGGCGGCGGAUUCCGAAGAGUAAACAAGAGUAACCUAAAUGACAUGAAAAAAGAUAAAGAUAUCGACGCUUUAAAAAGUAAAAUGAGUAAUAUUACUAAUUCAGCCCAGUUAGGUUCUUCAGUAUUUAAUAUCUUUAUGAAGAUUGCAUUUUUUUGUGAAGGCCUACUAGCAGGCUUUGCUUUAUGGCAAACAAUAUCCAUUUCUACCAUUGAAAAUCAAGUUAAUGGAACUAUCACUGUGCUGGCCUGUUACAACAGGCUUUCUCAAGCCGCUCAAUCGGUUUACUAUUUCUUACUAGCGAUCGCUACUGUAUCGGUUAUGGACCGUUUUGACCUAGAAAGUCAUGAAUAUGUAUCAUUAAUCACCCGCUUUAUUCGCCACCCAGUGCUGGCCUUGUGUAUCCUAAUUCAUAUUUUAAGCUUAAUACUGUCUACUAGUAUCGCUGAAAUUGAUUAUCGUAUCGGUUUAUAUAAUGUUAAUCAAUCUUUUUACUGGCCAACGGUAACGGAUCAGAAUGUUCGUAGAUUAACUACUCAGAGCCAAACCUUAUUUUCUUCAUGGAGAAUUAUUAAUUUACUACGAGGAAUACUGGCUAUAGCAGGCUGGAUGUUAGUAUCCUUUAAUCCUAUAACAGCCAUUCCAGAAAAAUAUUUAUACGGGCGAAAAAAUGAUAUUCUCGGUGAAGAUAUCGAUGUAUAG